CAACCCCCAUCCAUUUAGUAUCACCCAAGUUUCUGAAUACAGAAAUAAGCUAUUAACUAAGAGUAAAGAAGAAGCUAGAGCUACAGAAAUGGCAAAGACCAUCAGUUCCAUCUGCUUCACCACUCUUUUGCUCGUUGUCUUGUUCAUUUCGGCCGAAAUCCCAAAGAGCGAGGCAACAUGUACGAAGUAUUUAGGCGAGGCCAUAUUGGCGUACCCAUGUAAGGAAAGCUAUUGUGAAGCCAAAUGCGCUGAGCAUUACCACGAGUCAUGCAGAGGAGAGUGUGAGGAUCACCACCACGACGGAGUGCAUUUGACAAAUGACCACGACGACCAUUGUUACUGCUACGGUCGUUAUUAAACUGCUGAAGGUUACUAAUAAUCUCGUAUCGAAAUUAAAAAAAAAUUAUGUAAGCGUGGUGGUUUCGUUGAAUGUAAGUGUAUGCAUGUGCGAGCGUUGUUUUUUUAUAAAAUAAAAUAAAAUAGUACGUAGGACGAAGCUAGUGAGUUUGCUUCCCUCUACGUCUAUGUUGUAUGUUAUUUUGAUUUGAAUAAUAAUAGAGUUGUUUUGUGUUU